AUGAGCAAACGUCACAUCGUUAUAUUUUCCGGAGGAUCGGCGGCGAAUAACCUAGUCGAUGUAUUCGGCAAAGUAGCUGAAGAUAAAGGAUGCUCGUUGAGUUAUAUCAUACCUAUUUCUGAUAAUGGGGGUUCGUCGAGCGAGUUGAUUCGAGUAUUCGGUGGACCGGGGAUUGGCGAUGUGAGGAGUCGACUGGUCAGACUUAUCCCGGAGAACCCUUCGUCUCCAGAGAUAACAGCUAUCAAGACACUAUUCAACCAUCGUCUCUCACCAAAUUCGUCUCUCGCCCGAAUAGAAUGGCUCGAUAUAGUUGAAUCCAGACAUGUACUCUGGACCUCCAUCUCUUCUGAGAAGCGAGAACUCAUCCGCUCUCUCUUCAACACCAUCAACCUCGAGAUAGUAAAACGUCUUCGACCCACCUCAUCCUUCAACUUCCAAUCCGCCUCCGUAGGAAACCUCUUCAUCACAGGCGCCCGCCUGUUCACAGGCAGUUUUGAAUCCGCUAUCUACCUCCUGGGAGCCAUCACUGGCGUUCCUUCACAUAUUAACGUAAUCCCCGCCAUAAAUAGCAAUUUCUCCCAUCACAUCUCAGCUGGUCUAGAAGAUGGCACACAGAUCACAGGCCAGAAUGCAAUUUCACAUCCGUCUGCACGGUCGGCGCCUCCACCUAUCCCGACACCGGUUCCGGGAGGUACGAGAAUUGGGACGCCUAUGCCUUCCGAAGCUGGCAGUGAGCAUGAGAAUGAGAUCGAUCCUCUUCAUACAAGCGAGAUCCCUUCACAGCCCAAUCAACAAGAGGAGGACAUCAUAUCAAUGAGUCCAAGAACGCUUGCCAACCGCGCUCUCUCCCUCACAGACCACGACCUCGGCGAAGCCGAAGAUGCCAACCUCCCUGGUUCUCUCCCCACCCUCCGCACGCAAAACAUCAACUUCGCCAAAUCCCACACGGAAGACCUGCCCUCCCGAAUUUCCCGCAUCUGGUACAUCAAUCCCUACGGACAAGAGAUUCGACCUGCCGCGAACCCGAAAGUGCUGAGCAGUAUCGAGGAGGCGAGUACAGUGGUGUACUCGAUUGGGAGCCUGUGGACGAGUAUUGUGCCGUGUCUGGUGUUGCGGGAUGUAGGUGGACGAAUUAUUAAAGCGGGCGUGAAGUACAAGAUCUUGAUUUUGAAUGGGAGUUUGGAUAGGGAGACGAGGGCGGUGGGAAUGGAAUUUACAGCCAGAGAUUUUGUGGGUGCGAUUGCGGAUGCUUGUGCUUCUAGCUCGAGUGCGAGUGCGAGUUCGAGUUCUAAGACUAGAUCUGGGACUGGGGUGGGACAGUCUCCUUCUUUACUUGGAGUUCAAAGCAAAAGCUGGGUUGAUGCAGGAGGAAGAUGGCCAGCAGUGAUAGAUGGGAAGGGAAGAGUCAGCAAGGAGAACUGGAGGGAUUAUGUGAGCCAUGUCAUUCAUUUGCAAGGAGAGGGGACGCCGAGAGUCGAGAAAGAGGAGUUGGGACGGCUGGGAAUAGAAUGUGUGAGGAUUUAUGGAAGGAAAAAUGAAGGCGAAGGUGGUGGAAUGAUCUAUGAUGGGACCGCUCUUGGACAAGCGUUGGAUGCCAUUAUUGGGGGUGCGAAGAGGGCGCAGGGAGUUGGUAGGAGGAAUACAUUGGGGGUUCCUAACCCGUUGAGUGGGUAG